UGCAGUUUUCAAAUAAUUUCACACAGCAUGAAAAGUAACAAAAGUUGAAAACGUUGGUCGAGAUCUUCGUAAUCUACUGUUCUCUGGUUCACAGCGUGGAGGAUUUUAAUUUCUUUACAGCCAUUAUUACUAGUUUUCUGUACUGAAUCUGCUUGAUCACUGUGUAGCGUGGUAUUCGACGAAAGUAGGGAGGUUGUUUGAAAGCUAGAAGCAAAAUGGCUGGGUCAGGAGAUGGAAACGCUGAAAUGAGUCGCCUUCAAGGUAUUUUACGUUGGUCUAUCGAACAGCAGCCAGCACAGCAAGACGAAAACAGGACAGAGACGGCGGCUACCGGGGUGAUGUCUGAGGAGCGCCGGGAGUUUCUUCGCAGUGCCUUGGCAGGGAUGCAAAACGCGCCGACCGAAGCAGACAUGAUGAAGACAAACCUAGCCAUUGUGGAUCGUGUGACGGCAAGCAUCGGUGAGCCAUCGUCCCUCGACAACCAGGUCCAUGAAGAGCUCGUUGAACGGGGCACGGAGGCGCUUGAGGCACUGUGUGACAUGUGUGAAAACAUUGAUAACGCCAAUGACAUGAUUCCCCUCGGAGGCUUUCCUGUGAUUGAGAAAGCUGCGGACGCAACGGAAAGUUCCUUGCAGACAGCAGCCUUUGAGCUGCUUGGCAACCUCUUCCAGAACAAUCCUCGCUGUCAGCAGCAUGGCUUGGAGUGUAACGUGUUGUCAAAGUGUAUUCACCACCUUGACUGUAGCCAGGUGGUGGGUGUCCGAGUGAAGGCUCUCUAUGCAACCUCGUGCUUGGUGAAGGACAACCACCCGGCACAGGCAGCGUUUGUAGAGCAAGACGGCUACUCGGCGCUGUGCCGGUGCCUGAAGAGUGGCGUAGAGAAGAUCACGACGAAAGCUGCUUUCCUCGUGGCGAACAUGGUUGCCCAUUCCGCUAGUAACACAGAGUUUGUACUGAAGUCCGGUGUGCUGGAUCAACUGCUAGCGCUGUUGUCAUCCAAUCGCACACAAUCCCUGGAACAUGUCGCCAGAACCGUGUCCUAUCUCAUCGAUGUGGAUGGAUCGUGCCUCAAAGCGGCCUGUGAACACCACAGCCACCUUGCCACGAGUAUGGAGGCAACGAUAGUCGCUCUAAAAAGGCUCGAAGACGACCAGUAUCAGGAUGAAAUUGAGAAUUUAGAGAAGCUUAUCCUAACGCUGAAAGUGUGCUGCUGAGGGUGGAUCGGCUUCUUUUGCCUCUGCUGAAUCAAGCCGUUGGUUGGUGGUAUGCCAUUCAUGAAGACAUCGAUGCAACACACGUCAGGCAUUAGUAAGCUUGCUGGGUGCAGUGUGUGUUGACUUGUCUUUGCUUGUAAGCAACACGGACCAUCGACCAGUGACACUGUUGACGACAUGCUCCGCGUGGCAGGUUCGUCUGGUUGUUGGUGCUGAGCUCAGGCAACCAGACCCUACCAUCUUUCUGGUGUUCUGAUUACUAGUAUAUUCCACUACAGUAACAGUCAUCCCAGGCUCUGCGUUCCAACAUUGUUGACUGCUGAACGAGUAGCUAGUCUCUGGUUUAUCAGCUUGGGUCUAUUUCUAGGUCCUGGGCGUUCUAAUCUGCCAGCAGUUUCUGCUGCUCAGCAGCAUUGUUGUCUAGCCCACAUACAAGUAUUGAUUUUGUAAUCCACACUAUUGGUGCGCUUUUAGGAUUUGUUUUCAAGCCCGCUUUGAAUACUGCGUAUAUUUUUGCUGCUCCGAAGCAUGCAAUUGGUUCUGCAGAGAAAAGACAGCCCUCUAGAUUAGCUGAAAAAAUUGACUAGUUUUGUGUUUACAUCUUCCAUGGCUACACUGGCUGCUGUUGUUUUAAGAUUGACUUUUUGAUCAGAGCUUUCACUCAUUGUUCUUUAGCCAUGGCUACUAAGUAGUAUGUCGAGAGUGGACAUGGGAUAACUCUCUCCCCACCAUCAAAGUAUUGGAAUUGUUUGCGGCCAGAUGCUUGCCAUAGCCAGCUGGAAUUUAAGUUGCUCCCUGAAGUGUUUUAUUUUAUUUUUCGAUUUUCUUUCGUUCUCCCGGUCCGAGCUUUGAAAGUGAGUGACUUGACAAACAUUGGAGUCCUGGUGGAGUGUGCUGUUCACAGCAUGUAUAACGUUGUGAAGAACUCAACUGCUUGUCUGCCAAGUUGGCCACAUGCAUUGUUUGCUUUCAUAACUCACUGAUGGAAUAAUGAUGGAUCCUUUGUUUAUUAGCAUG